AUGGCCGCUCCCAAAAGCACAACAAGCACUCGCUUGACUCAGAUCAAGGACUUCCUGACCAUGAACAAGACUGCCACCCUGUCCAUGCCGUUUGAUCCUGACUCGACCAUUUUUCCGACCCGCAAAGAAUUGCCUAGUAUUCCUGGGGCUCCAGAAGGUGCCGCAUGGGUUUGGGGGGACAACGACAACAUCGGCCGUCUCAACCUCUUGACGCCAACUCGAGUCGCUGCUGCUGGAAAGGAAAUCAGAUCCGGAGAGAUUGUGCCUGUUAAUCUUCCACUCAACACCCCAGAGGUUCCAGCAUUCAACCGUGAAGUCUUCAAGCACGAGAUAAAAACUCUUGCAGAGGACGUUGCCUACGACGAUGUCUACCAUCUGAACACACAAUCAGGCACUCAAUUUGAUGGCUUCCGUCACUUUGCACACAUACCGUCUGGCACUUUCUACAACAACACAAAGGGUUCUGAUAUUGUGGGUCCAAAUGCAAACCACAAAUGCUCAAUUCACCAUUGGGCUGUACACGGUAUCGCCGGUCGUGGUAUACUCCUCGAUUAUCGCGGUUAUGCCCACAAAAAGGGCAUCAACUAUGAUCCUUACGAAUAUUACCCCAUCUCUUUCGAGGAGCUCAAGCACUGUGCCGCAGAUCAGGGUGUCGAUAUCCGUCCGGCUGCUCAGGGCGGUGACAUCAAGAUUGGCGACAUUCUGUUUGUCAGGACCGGUUGGGUGGAAGCUUAUCACAGUAAAUCGCCAGCCGAACGUAAUGAGCUGGCUGUAAGACCACACGCUCUAGGCAAGGAUGACGGUCAAAGAUUCGCGGGGUUGAGCCAAGAAGAACGUAUGCUGGACUGGCUACACGACUCUUACUUCUCUGCUGUAGCUGGUGAUGCUCCGGCAUUCGAAGCGUGGCCAACACAUGAAGAGUACCACCUUCACGAAUACAUUCUCGCACUUUGGGGCAUGCCGCUAGGCGAGAUGCUCGAUCUAGAGAAGCUGUCGCAAACAUGUCGCGAGAAGAACAGAUGGACCUUCUUCUUCACUGCUGCACCAGCGAAUGUCCAAGGUGGUGUAAGCACACAUGUCAACGGUACUGCUAUCUUCUAG